AUGGGCAGCGAAAAUCGUUGUGCAGAGAUUGAAAGCACAAAAGCUGUGCUGGAAUUGUCGUAUCUCUGCACAUUUCCAAUGGCAGCAAAAGCAGCAAUUUUGCUGAAGGUGCCUGACAUUCUGUCAGCAGAGACUGCUCCUCUGACGGCCAAGCAGAUCGCGGAUCGAAUCCCGGGAACCAACACUAGCGAAGCGAAACUGGAGCGGCUUCUGAAGGCGCUUGCAACCUACGGUCUCUUCGAGGUCUCGGGUUCGAAUCCCCCGGUCUACGGUUUAACUGCGAUGUCACGGCUUCUGGCGAAGGACGAGAACGGAGUAUCGUUGGCCUCCCUGUUUCUGCUUAACACAGAGCCUUCAAAUCUUCAGACGCUUCAGUUUCUUCACGAGGCUGUUCUGGAGGAGGGUUUGGUGCCCUUCGAGAAGGCCUACGGAAAGCCUGUGUUUCACUACUUCGCUGAGAAUAGCCAGCUUGGGGAAAUUUUUCAUUCUGCCAUGACUAAUCUCUCGGCUGUUUCCACGAAGACCGUGUUGAUGAGUUACAGUGGGUUUAAGGAUGUGAAGGUUUUGGUGGACGUUGGGGGAGGAACUGGGAGGAAUUGUAGCAUGAUAAAGGCUGCAUAUCCUCACAUCUCUGCAAUCAAUUUCGACAUGCCCUUCGUAAUUGCCAAAGCUCCCAAGCUGCCAGGAAUAGAACAUCGCGGAGGUAGCAUGUUUGAAUAUGUUCCUACUGAUGGGGAUGCAAUACUUCUUAAGAAUGUGUUACAUAAUUGGGAUGAUGUUGCAUGUGCUAAGAUUUUGAGUAAUUGCUACUCAGCUCUACCAAGUGUUGGUAAGUUAAUUAUCAUUGAAGUUGUGUUGCCAGAAGAGAUAGACACAAGUGUAAGAUCAAGGCUAGCUGUGAGCUUUGAUUUAGCCAUGAUGAAUGUUUUUAAAGGUGGUAAAGAGCGAACUAUCCCACAGUUCCAAGACCUGUUGAAGUCCAUUGGAUUUAAGAAUUUUAAGGUUGUAGUAAAUGAAGAUGUGUUCUCUGUCAUGGAAGCCUACAAAAAUUAGAGAACAUAAAAGAUCUAAUGUGUUAUAUAAGGUGAUAUGCAUAUUAGAUUGUUAUUUUUUGAAAGUUAAAAUGUGACUAUAUAUCUAAUAGGUGCUACAUAGUCACAAGUACAUGUCUUUGAAAUACUCCAAUAAAAUUACUGUUUUAUA